UGCGGCCUAUCUCCGCCGUGUACCAACGCAUUUAAGAAAGCCACGCGCGUUGUUGACAAAACCUGGGAAAGUCGCGUCUCGGAUACGGAUAUCCUAUUACCAACAUGUCGCUCAAGAUCGUAGUUUCUGGUGUCACUGGUCGCAUUGGCGCGCAUGUGCUGCACCAUGCGCUACAAAACCCGCUCGUAUCGAGGGUUAUCGCAAUAUCACGGCGGCCCCCACCCGGGAUAGAAAUUCACGCUAAGCUGGAGGUAGUGUUGCUUGAGGACUUUACAAAAUACCCCGACGAUGUGCUUGCGAAACUAUCCGGGGCAGACGGAUGCAUCUGGUGUAUGACGACAACGGCUGGUGAUCCCAUGUUAGAGCUAGAAUAUCCCAGGGCGUUUGCUGAGGCGUUUGGAUCGACCAUGCCAGUCGACUCAAAGCGCUUUCGGUAUUUGCACUUGUCAGGCGGGAUGGUGGAACGCGAUCAGGAGAAGUCAUUAUGGAUGAAAGGCUCGAUGCGCAAGAUCAAGGGCCGAGGAGAAGUUCAAAUGCUUGAAUUCGCAAAGCUGAACGAAAGCUGGACCACAGUCAUAGCUCGGCCAGGCAUGGUUGUGCAAAGAGGCAGUCUUGUUGGUGAGGCUUCCAUGAUGAUGGCUGGCUCUUCUGGCUCCUUCAUCCGAUUUGAUGAGCUUGCGCUUGCACUCGUGGAUGCGGUUGUACAUGGCAGCGAAGAGCUGUUACUACCUUCUGCACUCGUACAACGAGGCCAACAAUUGGUGAGGGAGGCCAUCAAGUGACCUGUUCAGUCAGAAAGGAGGGGGAGAUGUUUUGGAUUCCAUUUGAUCCAUGAGUUGGAAGCGAAGGCUGGCGCCAAACUACCGCUUAAUUUCCUACCGCAUAUGAUCACUGUCAAUACCGGGAAGGUUCCGCGUGUGCGCAUGAUCCAUCGAGAUCAUCUAUGUUCAUCCGCUAUCUGCUGGUA